AUGAUUCAAAAACCACUCUCCGACGUCCUCAACGCGCCACGCCGUCAGGAGCAGCUCCGACAACUUGUCGCCUUGGCAGCCGACGUCCCACUCAAAGACGUUGGUAUCUAUUUUUCGUGGAAGGACUUUGAGCCGACACGCCAGAAAGAGUUUGAGGAAGAAGUCGCCGAGGGAUUGACCACGUUCUUCAAGGUUCCAACUGAUGCGAAAGAUAUCGAAGGGAUCACUCAGUUCUGGCAGAUUAUCAAUAUUCUGACAUGUUAUAAUCCUAAUAAGUGA